GCUGCUGGGAAGAGCAUGGCAGAACAUGUCCUUUAUGGGAUAUGUAAGGAAGAUGCAAGCCAGGUGGAGGAGUUUCACCAGCAAACAGGUUUUGCUGCUCUCCUUGGGCUUGCUGUGAUGGCAGCUGCAGUUGAAGGCGUGCCACGCUUGGCAAGGAGGGUGUCUUCCCUGAAGACUAACGACCAGCUGAGGAGGAGCUGUGGUCUCGCGGAGCAAGUGUGACAGACAACCGUGCGGUUUUUCUGAAUGGAGAUCAGUACUGCUUGCCCAGAAAGAUAUGUGGUUAUUUUUCCUUCUGCUUCCCCCUGCUCCUCCAUCUCAGGAAAGCAUUCUUGGUGCUGCCUCGUGGUGAUAGGGGUGAUAACUGUGGUUUGUUGUGGGUGGAACCCUGGCCUGCUUAUUCAAUAGCAGAGCUUCUACUGACUUCAGGACCGAGAUACAAGCACAGAAGCUGAGACACACAAAAAGCACUUGCUACACAUAACUGGUUGAAUUGGUAUAAAAUUUGGGAUGAGCCUAGAAUUAUGGAGGUGGAAAAUUAGCAUGAAGGUUUUGUUUUGUUCCUGCUGUACAUCCCUGUUUAUUUCUAAAUCAGUUCUUACAGAGCUAAAAACAUGAACAAAUAGUAUAAGCUGACAUAAUUUGGAAACAGUGAUUUUGUUAAGGUGAGAGGUUGUUUUUCCCUUGAAGACACCAGCUGGAGACUGUACAAAAGUGAUAAAGAAAUAAUGACAAAUAAGCAGAGCCGGAGGAAUUAUUCUCUAGUUUAAGGAUACAUGACAUUGCCAAACUAUCUCACAGGCUCGCAGACCUUGCCAGAAUUAGUGAGCCUUUCCUCUGUAACUUAUACCCUUUUGUUUCCUGGAGAGGCAUUCGAUUAAAAACAUGUUUUCCUAACUAAAGGGAACCAUGUGCAGUUUGUGUCAGAGAUGGAGGCCUGCCCCUUUCCCCCACAGUAAAGUGGGACACCUAGUUGAUUCAUACCUUGCCUAUAAGAUGUCAUUAUUUUCUGUGUGCUUUCUUUCUCUCCUUCUCUGCUUCUUUUUGCUUCAUAGUCUUUGUUUGAAGCAGAAAGCAAAUUCAAUAAUAUUUGAGUUGACAUAGAAUUUUUGUACUCCUGAAGUCUAAAAUUAGAGAAAAUGCACUGACCUAUUCCCAGCCCUUCCAGUUUGCUGGCCUGUUUUGAAUGAGUGGUUGUUUAUCCCAGUCCCUUGACAAGUUGGUGACAUCCUCAGCAAUAUCAGUGAAGACAUCAAAACAGUGGGGCAAAGAGGCUGAGCUUUACCUCCACUGUUAGUAGCAGUCCCCUCAUAUGAGAUAGCAGGGAAGAUAAUUAGCAGUGGCAUGAUUUUGAGUGCUCUGUUGCAUGGCUGGGGUUUCUGGCAUUUGGAGAGCGAUAUCUGGGGCAGGCAGCAGCUCCUGCUGAGUCUGCUUCAGCCUCUUCCUUUGGGAAGGAGACAUACUGCCUGCAAUCCUGAACUGACAGCUAGCGAGGCCUAUGGGAUCGCAGCAGACCUCUGGGGACCUCAGUACUGCCCUGCCUUUUCUGACGAAUGGACACUUGGACUUCUGCUGUUGUUGACAUCAGUCCUUUAGCAAUGCUAAGCAUUUGGCUUAAGAAAGGCUAAUAAUAAAAUGAGCCCUAAUAUUGUCCAUUGGCUCAAAUCUUGAAUGGGACAGAUAUUUACACCAUGGUGGCCAAACCUUUAAUUCACAGUGCUCUUAAUCUUUUAGCUCACAAUUGCGUUUUCUUCCUUGUCAGUAUGAAAACAAAGAUCCUUCAAAAUGAAGCAGUGCUUUCUCCUCAGGUGAUGAUGGAGUAACAGCCCAGUAAGUUUGGCUAAGGCAGAGAGGCUGAAAACAAAGAGGAUUUAAAACAUUCUGAGCUUCUUUUGCUAGUGUAAGAAAGCAAAGCCCAAACCACAAGGGUUUGGGAACUCUGAAUGUAGAAGCAGAUAAAACAUUGCUUCUCCAUAAACACACUAAAAGUCAGGUUUUAGCUGCUCUAAGAUUAGUUUGAAAUCCAUGCUAAGUAAAAUUAGUAAGUGCAGGGUUUUUUACACAUGUCUUUUAAUGUUUUAGGAUUCAGGUUUUAGAGUUUUUAUACAGCUGUGAGACUGGAAAGACUACUUUUUGUUAUUAACAAAAGUAAUUUUUACAUUGUAGUCUUAGCUGAGAAUCUUGCGCUUUUAGAAAAUUCUCAGUAGUAUCAGCCUUGAGAUCAUGUCCCAUGGCUGUACUGUUCCCUUGAACAAGAAUCAGCGUGGAAGUUCCUGAAAAGCUAAUAAUCAGUAGUGGUAAUAGAGUUUCAAACAUAUAUUUAUGUGAUGCAAGUUAGUCUCUGUCAACUUGUCUAAUGUUGCCCUGGGAAGAAAAUCCAUUGCUAACUGCCUGUGAGUCUGUGAGAGGACAGGAUCCCAACAGUUCUUGCCUUCUUUACAACAAAAUGCAUCUGUUGCACUCCCUGUGCUGUAGGUGGUCCAAACGCAUGUUCCAGCGUGCAGACACUGCUGGAGGACACACGCUUCCCACUGUACACCUCUGCUUCAUCCGAUUUUUCUGUGUUCAGCUCCUUCACUGCAGCCUCAUCUCUGCUGCCUCCUUUCCAGGAGGGCCACAUCACAGAUUUCCCCAUUUGUCUUGAAGAACCUCCCAGGAUGUCCUAACCAAAACUCCACUGCAUCACCCUCAUGCGCAAGGCGGGAAGAGAGAGGUAGCUGAGGUAGCCAGGCCUUUGCUCCCCACCAGUGUUCAUUCUCUGCAUGGGAUAAAACAAAGGGUUGAACGUGGCCACAGCUACCAGCUGCUGUCGCUCUUGGGACUUGCCUGGUGUCAGUGCUUCUUCUCUAGGUCAUAACAAAGGACCUGUUCCUACUGCUGUGUGUAAAAUCAGGAAGAAUUUUGUCUGCCUGAACUGUCUAAGUCUGUCAAGUCCCAGCCUAGAACACAGAAGAAGGAUGCUUUUUAGAGGCUGCUAUUUUUCAUUACCCUUUGGUCACCAAGUGGAUCUCCUAUGGCAAAAUCCUGGCUCUGGAUACAGAAAAUAUUCCCCUUCCCAAUCAAGUGAUAUUCCAGGUAACGCCUUAAUGGAUCUCAAGGAAUGGUUUUGCAACAGUAAUGCUUUCUGGCAUAGUAUGUAUUCUGUGUACAUUAGUCACUACAGUGACAUGCUGCAAAUGAGGUCGUAAAAGCUAAACAAGCCAUAACAUUGAAUUCUUAAUUUAGGAUCCAGAGAGCUGCAGUGAAUUUCCAGCACCUAGACAUGCUUAACUCUCAAUUAGAUAUUGCUAGUCUCUGAACUGCAGAGAAGUGGCUGUGGAUGGUUAAAGCUUUGCUACCUGUAAUGCACUUAAAAUACCAGUGUUACUCACAAUGAAGCUAUAGCAUGUUUUUGCCAGCUACUGUAUGAUUUCAGGGUAUAUGUGGUAGCAGGUUAUUAAGCAUGAGUCAUCUUAUCAAAUCAUGCUGGUCUGAAUGAAUUACUUAUAUAAUCUUUAAAAUGUAAUUUAGCAAACAAGAGCAGACUUUCAGCAAGCAGCAUGCUGUCUGACUGAGCAGAUGAGGUCCCUCUUCAGGAAACCAGGCAGAUAAUGAUGGAUUUGCUGUGCUUUCUGCAGGGUCAGUCCCUCCCUGCCAAAGUGCAUUGUCAACUUCUGCUGCAGCUGGCAAACUGAAGACACAUUGCUUCUGAAUAAUUGAUGUCUUUGGAUUUUCAGUGAUGCACAAACAAUCCAGACUGUGGCAGUAAACCUGAUCUCGUUUCCCCGUGCAGAAAAUGGUUCUUCAGCCAAACCAGGCUUUAUAUCUUCCCAAGAUACAUCCCUUGUCGUGCAGGAGCUGAGCAGCUCCAUGGUUUCCCAUGGGUUUGCACUGAUGUAGCUUCUGACUGUAGCACUGACUAUAUCUAUCUCUUCUUUCCCCUGCUCACAUUCCAGAUUGUCCUCUUUGCCUUGUGUGAGUAUGGUAUUACUCUUCCCAUCCUUUUCGUGUUUCUUCCGUGGCAGGAUGCAUCGUAUGUCCAUAUCUUUGAAUAUACCAGUCAGCAGAAAUGCAGACGCCCUAGGGGUUUUGACCCCUGUCAAGAUUGACAGUGUAUCUUUAAAAGGUUUAAAACAAACGACCAAAUAUAACAAAAAACUUAUAGAUGUUUAAAAGCUGUAUGUUUGAAAAGGAGAGCCUUCUCCUGUGCCUAGAAAGCUUGCAAGGUUGGGACCCUACUGCAUUUAGUACAUUGCACAGAGGCACUGGUCAUUCAAGGAGCUUUGCAUUGCAGAUGGUGCUGACAGAUCUGUACUGUUCCUGGGGUUUCAUGUGGGCAAUAAUAGAAGCUGGAACUUGUUGUAGCAGUUGUUCGCUGUGCAUGCACCAUGGCUUGAGCUACUGCAAAAACAAGCUUGAUUUUCACACCGUUUUUACUCUGUUUCCUAAUGAUGUGCUUCUUCCUGUUUUUCCAUUCUUCCCUCCAUGUCAUGCCUAAUUUCAAAGAUGUUGGAAAAAUACUUAGAAGUUUGCCAAAUAUCUAUAAAUUCCCAUGCUGGCCCCGUUCUUGACCCCACCAUUGAGACACAGAGCCUGGGUGAGGAGGGAAGACCCAUGGUGAGCCUCAUGGAGGGAAUUGUAGGGAGUACUUGUCUGUUCUGUUUCCAGUUUUGGUUUGCACAGGCCACCCUUUGCCUGGUGAACAAGAGUGGGUGGGAAGGGAUACAUAGGCUGCAAAACCAUUGAAACACAGCCUCCUCACCUUCCUCGGCACAGAGCACACACAGUUACCUGCAGCUAGUCGGCAGGCGUCUUUGAAGAGCAAGUGAGUAGGCAGGUAGUAAUUUGUGUUGAUUUUAGGGAAAGCAUUCUCUAGGGGCAGUUAGCCACUGAGUAGCUGUCUUUUUGAGCCAUGACACAGUUCAUUUUGCAUCUAAAAAUGCUUGUGUAUGAGAGGGUAGGGAACAAAAUGAGGUGUAACAUUGGUGUGAAUGCUGCAUUUCAGUUUGGAAAAAUCUAAAGGGCUUUUCUGCCUAUAUGAAAAUAUAAGUGAGAUGAGAACAGCAGGAGCUCCAAGUCUUGCAGAUAGUGUUCAUAAAGGGCAGGAGGAGGAAGGUUAGGGAGAGCCUCCAACAGGCCUGCAGAAAUGAGCAGAAGUUCCCAGUUACUUUUAGGUGUAUGAGAAAGUUACUGGAGGUGAAUGCUCUGUCAUCAGGUGUAUACAAAGAGAGACACUCAGACUUUGCUAUCAUCUGACAGUGCUGCAGUUUCCUUAGUAUCCCUUGAUUAACUUAAUGAAAAAAAUUCCAUUUAGGUGAUUAAUAAUUUAAAAUAUAUAUUUACCAAAUUGAAAUCAUAUUGAGAUGUGAUCCCUUGUUUGAAAAAGUGACCUCUGGCAGGUAACAGCUGGUGAGAUAGGAAAUGUGGAUAUUAUUAGAGGAAUAUAAAUGUACAUUUAAUCUCUUAAUUUAGCUGAGCAGAACCUCAAAACAUUCCUAGCCCAGCCUGCGCCCAGCAACCAUGAAAUGUUGAGUUGUUUGAGCUCUUUUAUUACUGAUCUUCUCCAGCUACUCAUAACCUUCAUUUUUAAAAGUAAGACAGGAGUGUAAAGACAGAGAGACUGUCCAGUUUGGUAUUAAUAAUAGUGAGGUCCCUGGAUGAGAGCUAGGUGUUGGGCUCCAUCUGUGAACUGCUGGCUUUCUCACAGACCUCUGGAGUCCGAGUUACCUGGACCUGCUGAAGUCAGCUAGAGCUUCACAUUUGACUUUGAACUAUUUCAGCCAUGGUUCUUGAGGAUCUUUACAGUAGCAGGUAAUAAUUUUCUAUCUCAGAAACAGUCUGCUGAGGGGUCCUGUAUCCCAGUACUGGGAUCUGCAUGAAAACUGGUUUGUAACAUCUUUCUCAACAUGAUCAUCACUCUGGGAUUGUACAGACAUUUGACUAACAGUAUCACAGUUGGUUGUGGUAAAAAAAAAAAAAAAGAUUGUUAUUGCAGUAGUUCAGUAUUAAAAUGCCUGGAUAACAAGAAAAUGGGUAUUGACUACAGCUUAAAUCUGGAAGUGUGUGGAAUACAGAACAUUAUAAGCAAAAUAAAAGUUAAAAAAUAAUUAUGUUCCUGGGAACAACCUCCUACAGUUGAUGAUCUAAACAGAUGAUUUAGAGCAGAUACAAGAGGCCAACGGCCAUAUACAAACUGAGCGUCUCCACUGCAACCUUAAUUUUUUGUCAGGGCCCUGAGGGCACACAUGAGCCUUAAUAGCUCUGCCCAGCCUGCCCUGGGACUCCCACCCACCCAUGGCCCAGGAGCCCCACUUCAGCUCAGCCUGGGUCUGUCAGUCCAGUGCCCAAUGCCUGGGGCUGGGGCUGUCCUGGCUGCCUGGACCCCAGCCCCAGCAGUGCCCUGAUGUUCGUCAAGUAGUCACCAAGCCCCAUGCCAUUAAUUCCAGACAAACUUUACGGCCAUCAGAAUGAGCCAUCAGCUUACAUACCAUCAGAAACUUACUACUCAGAGUAUUUGAUGUUUUGAUAACAGAUACCUUGGUAAACCACUCAGGGAAAAGAAAGCUACAGUCCAAGAAGUGACCUGUAAACAAUUUCGGUAUUUUUAGCUGAGUUAUGUUACAAUUCAUUGCCCUUCUUUGCUUACUGAAAGAAUGGUUAAUCUUUAAAUUUACCAUAUUUUUUCCUUUUCUUCAUUCAUUUAAAUGAAUGAAGCACCUCCUGCGUCAUGAUUCAUUGUCUUCUUUAUGGUGAUAAAAGAAACAUGGAUCAGAAAUACAACUGCAAGGUCUCCUAGAAAGUCCUAGUACGGAAGUCCUGAGAAGUUGAGGCUUGCAGUCUUGUGUGGGAUGAGACCUUGCCUGGAAAAUAUCUGUGCCAUGUGGGCAGGGAGCAGUUUCUGGCAAGAAUAUAUGAAUAGGUUUUGUACCUUUAUGUUUGACCUGAAAUAUUGUAGGAGCUGUGGCCUUGACCCCAAUGGUCUGUGCCUUGUGCAGUAAAUUUCUAAAUAUCUGAUGAAAAAUUGCAAGUGUUUGUCCUGAACAGAAUCAUGAUUUAGAUCUGGGAAAAUAGACAAUAUGGUACAAAAGCAAAAGUUUAACUCUCAGAUCUUAAGGAAGGUUACAAUUUAAACCUUACAGGUCCCUUAAGCUUCUUUUAAGCCUUUGGACAACCGAUGACUCUCAGUAUAGCACAGCGAAGGGUAAACUUGUUUUUUCCUUAUAUUGAAAACUAAAGAUUCCAGCCUUCAUUUUGAUGCCUCUCAAAUUCAGUUGGAAAGGAGAUAUCUGAUACAUUUGAGAAACAUGCCUAAACGAUAUAAAAGGUCAUAAAGUUUCAUUAGGUACAGAGGGAGUGUCUGAGUUAGUGCUUGACUGCCACCCUGAUGUUCAAGAUUAAUUGUAUGUUUUAAGAUUUUAUUUAAUUUUCACUUCCUAAGUAUGAAGACACCACCUUUUGGGCUGUAUUUGCAUUUUGACAGAGAUUUAAGUUUCAAAUCAUAUUGCCACUGAUAUUGAACUGGCUUGUUUAAAAAGCAGUUUUAUCUUAUUUAAGUCGUGUAUUGCAGGGAUAUGCCUUCCCUUGGGUUUAAAGGCAGAUUUUCUGCAGGCAGAAUGAAGAAUGAGUCUGCUUAAAAGCAGGCGCUGCUUUGAGAAAUGUGCUUUAGGGUGCAUGCGAUGAGAAUGAAGUGGAUUUAGCUGAGCUUAUGAAUGUUUCACUUGCCCGUGCAAAUGUGGUCUUGCUUUGGGAGUGCUGAAGAACAGGGUUUUGCUCUCUGUUUGCAGGUGAGCAGCAAGCAUGAGCUUGGCAACACGCGACCCUGAGUGUCAGGACCCUGUGAUCUGAACCACGUCUUCAGCUGACUUCCCAGCGGUGAGGCGCUGUUGAUCCUGUACCAUGGAGGACUGCCUUCACACCUCCUCUGAAAACCUCUCCAAGCUGGUGAGCUGGGCCCAUAGCCAUGGGACCAUCUGCAGCCUCAUCCCCAACCUGAAGCACCUGCUUUCUGAGGGGGCCCACGGCAACCUGACGGCCAUGUGGGGCUGUAGUGCCGGCCAUGCCUACCACUGGCCCCUGGCUGCCACUUGCCGGGCCGGCUCCCAGGAGCGCGUCUGCUUCCAGGACAGCCGCAGCUUCAAUUCAGACAGCCCGAGCAUGCUGGGGGUGCCCUCGGAGGCACAGGCCAGUCCCCUGGAGCGCUACCCGGGCCGGCCGGGGAAGGCAAAGCUGGACUGCACCCGCACCCGUGACUCCUGUGACUUCUCCUACUGCAGUGAGCCAUCAGAGCUGGGCGAGCCUGUGGAGGAGUACGAGGACGAGGCCACCCUCUUCGACAUGGUCUGCGAGUCCUCCGUCACCGACGAGGACAGCGACUUCGAGCCUCACCCGCACCGGGCCCCCGCAGGCCCCCGCAAGCGGCCGGCUGUCGGCCUGCCCGCCGCCGCCCAGGCACAGUCCGCCGAUGAGGGCGGCAGCGAGGUGCUGCUCAAGAAGAUCAAGCAGGAGCUCCCUGAGGACUACUACAUAGUGGCCAACGCGGAGCUGACAGCUGGCGCCGAUGGGCCAGCCCUGGCCCUGACGCAGAUGUCCAAGCCCAAGCCGCAGGCCCAGGCUGGGCCCUCCUGCCUGGGUCCCACCAGGGCGCUGCCCCAGCCGGCCGCAGGCACCGAUCCUGACGCCCAGCGCCUGUCUGCCUCGCCCCCUGGCCCGCCCCGGCUGGCCACGCAGAGGCCACCCCGUGGCCCCCUGGCCUCCCCGGCACGGGGGGCAGGUGGCGGCCCUGUGGCUGCCCUGCAGGUGCCAGCCACCAGCUCCAACGCUGCCGCCACCGCCGGGAAACCCAUCAGCAUCCCCCUGUCAGCCCUGCAGCUGCCUGGUCAGGAGGAGCCGCCGGCUGCUGAGGAGACGCUCCCACCUGCCCCGCAGCUGGCCCCGGGUGGCGAGGCAGCCGGCUCCCCCUCAGUGAGUGCUGAGCCCGAGGUCAGCUCCAGCCAGCAGCAGCCCCACGCUGCCCCCGCUGCCACCCCCGAGGCGGCAGUGGCACAGUCCAUGCCAGACCAGGAUGAGAGAGCAGCAGAGCUCAGCAGGGAGCAGAAUGAGAAGACCAUUCGCAGCACACAGACGGCUCUCCGCAAUUUCCGAGAGUUCCUCAUCUCUAAGUAUCCCUCUGAGACCCGGGAGAUCUAUGUCAUCCCCUGCAAAGAGCUUGAUGCCUACCUUGCUUCCUUCUUUGUGGAUGCCAGACAAAAGGAUGGAUCUGAAUACGAGCCAAACAGUCUGGCCAACUAUCAGUGUGGGCUGGAGCGGUAUCUCAAAGAGCACAGGUAUGGAUACAGUAUUACGAGGGAUAAAGAGUUCAAGAGGUCCCAGGAAGCUCUAAAGCAAAAGCAGAUAGAACUGAGGUGUAAAGGAAAAGGAAACAAGCCGCACAAAUCCAUGAAGCUCACCUUUGCUGAUGAGCUUAUCCUGCGCAAAAGAGGCUUAUUGAGCCGGUACAAUCCUGAAGGGCUGCUGAACCUUGUCUGGCUAAACAACACUAAGGCGUUUGGACACUGCACAGGUUUCCAUGGGUCCACCCUCAAGUGGGGUGACAUCCGGCUACGGGUGACAGAGACCGGGUUGGAGUACCUGGAGUGGAUGGGGCCGGACAAUGGAGACGUCAACGCCAAGAGCAAGAGAGGUGGGACAGACUCCCGGGUGUAUGCCACCCAGCACUCCCCACAGACCUGCCCCGUGCAAGACUACAAGGAGUAUGCCCAGAGGCGGCCUCCAGCCAUGCGCUACGAGGAUGCGCCUUUUUACCUGUCCAUCAAACCCGUCGUAAACUUGGCUGCGCUUCACUGGUACAAUUGCCAAGCCCUGGGGAAAAACAAGCUUGCCAAGAUGGUAAAGACGAUGUGCGAGAAAGGCAACAUCCCUGGCAGGAAGACCAACUUCAGCGUCUACCAGAGCUGCAGCACCCUCUCAGAAGCACAGAGCAACCAGCUGGUGCUGAUCUGCAAUAACUUGAGCCAGCAGGCUGCCCAGUCCAUGGCGAGCCACUCCAAUACUGGCAACUUCAUAGUGUCAGCGUCCUAUGACUCUUCCUCUGACACGGCUUGAAAAAGGGAUAUCACCUGAACACGUUUUUCUUUUCCUUUUUGUUUCAAGCAUUGAAUUUGUGCCCAAUAAUACACAUCAGCUGUGAUUGUACACUAUUCCCCCAUAGCCCUCUCUCCAGUGUUAAUUCACUUUAUAAAAAUAUAUAAAUAUAUAAUAUAUUUUUCUUUUUACAAAUAAGUCAAUAGAAAUAGUUUAGUAUUACUAACAUAGUAUUUAUAGUGUUGAUACAAAAAUGAAAGGUACUUAUGGGUUAUAAUAAAAAUGCAGAUUUUAAAAGGACAAAAAUGGUUCUCAGGCAACACAAGAUAGACUGGAAAUUCCAUUUUUAACAUGCACACAUCAGUGAGUGUAAAUCCCCAGGGAGGCUUACAUAGCAAUUCUAUUUUAAAGCAUUUUCAACUUCUUAUUUUAACAUGACCUCCCAGAGUGGAGGAGACAAACUUACCACUGGCUGCUGCUUCUUACCUGCUGGCUUAUUCUUGAUCAGCAAGACCAAGAAAUAGAGAUAACAUCAAUGUAAGUUCAUGAAACCAUUUACAACAAUUUUUGUCUGGUUUUUAUUUUGUUUCCUGAGGCUCAUUUAUGCCAGAUGGGAAAAAAAUCCUGAAGUCAGCUAAAUGCUAUUUUUAACUUUUGUUUUUGUUGGUGAUUUUCUGUGAUCAAAAUGUUGCUGGUCUUUAGACUAAAAAGUAUUGUUUUCAACAGUACGCAAAAGUAUCAUGGCAAAACCACUGUCAUACACUAAUUUUAACUGUUUAAGCACGGGUUUUUAGUAUUUUGUCACUGUGUAUACUUGAUGUAAAAUCUACUGACUUAGAGCCACUCUUUCAGUAUUCUGGGGAAUGCAGCACUGCAGAAAAAUCCACAGUCUUAUCCCAAACUGUACAGAAAAAUGCAUCAGAUAUGUCUUAAGCCAUCAUUUGAAAUCCACAAAAAAAAAAAAAAGCAUAGAUAGUGUAAUGAUAAUUUCAUAUUUACUACAGAAAAUGAAAAAGCUGGGUAGUUUUAAGUACUCGAAAACAAAUUUAAGUCAGCUACACAUAAUCUGUUUCCACUGCAGACAAUGUAAAAUGUGCAUGUGAAUCUGAAGGAAGAAUUUGAUCCUUAAUGCCUCGAAAUAAUUAGUGCUACUGUUCCAACUUUUGACUUGUCAACAUAAUUGUUCUUCUUGUCUAAGUACAGGGAAAACACUAACAAAUUCAGUAUUUCAGUGAAUGAUUAUAAUUCUUGACCUUUAAAAUGACGUACAGUACUUCUCAAGUAAUUCAGCUUAGUUUAUGUUCCACUAGGAUAUCCUAGGGCCAUGAUAAGGCUUUAGACAAGUCUACUGGCGUGAUCUAAUGCCCCCUGAAGUCAAUGAAAGAGUCAACCUCAGCUGACUUCCCACGGGUGUUGGGUUAAACUGUUACUGAGGUGCUUUUUUGGGUUUGGGGUUUCUUUUCUUCUGUUUCUUUAUGCUUGUUUGUCUUUUUUCCUUUACAUUCCUGCAUGUCUUUCAUAUUCUUUAGAUCUGCAACAGUGCAGUGACUUUAAUCAUCACUAAUUCCAAAGAAAGGGUGAAACAAAGGUAGCAGAUGGAAAUAAAAAUAACCCACCUGGCACUGUUUAAAACCUGUUUUCUGUGUUGCUAGGGUGAAUUUUUCCUGUGUGUGAGGGAGGUGGCAGAAUUCCUGCACCUCACUAAAGCCUUAUUGAAGGUCUGUUUUGGGGAUGGGGUAGGUAACAGAUGUGCCACUGAAAGAUCUAAGAGCAGAGAUUUCUGCUGUAAUAAACAUCUGUCCUCCCACAAAGCUUCUGCAGGUGACACAGCCUGGCUCUGAUCUCUUUGUGCUCCAAAGGUACAAAGUCUGGGUUUCCCAUGUGCCAGCUAUCCCAGGGUCUUGCAUGCCGUGGCAAUGCAACUGCCAAAUCCGCAACCUCUGAGUUACUGGUUGCUGUCUCUCAGGACUGUAGGGAAGGCAGUGGAUCGGUGGGCACAGCCAGUCAUUCAUACUGCAAAGCUAUGCUUCUGUGACUUGAUUUUGGGGCUUGAGACCAAAUCAUAACACUACUGAAGUGAGUGGACACUGUGUACAUGACUUUCAGUGCCACGGCAAAACUGGCUUGUAGGUGAAGGAAAGGAAAGCACAAAAAGGUUUUGGUUGCAGCCAGCAAGACAACUGCCCAGCUUCCAGAUGAGGGCAGCCAUCUGAUUGCUGUUAGUACAGUCUUGCCUUUUCAUGGCAGUGUUUUUAAUGUGAUAGUUAAAAAUAGUUUUGCAAGGCUGGUGCUGCUCUCUGUGGGAUUUCUUUGCUGUUUCCCACUGAGGGCUCAUGCAGCUGCUCUUAGUAUGUGCAGGAAUGCAGGGGGUCCCAUGCCAAGGAGCUCCCAUGGGGUACCAGGUGAGAGCUCGACCAUGAAGCUAGUCUCUAGGAAAGUCUUUGAUCUCUGUUUCUCCCCCAUUGCACUCAUCUCAGCACUUGCCAGCGGCAGCUAUUGCAAGAUCUGACCUACUUCCCUGCCUUGCCUUUCCUGUGCUGCAACACGAGGCUGGGUACCAGCUGGCCUUUGUGGGGUAGCAGAUCUCUGCUUCCCACCUCUGCUCCCCGGCCCAACCGCACCUCUUUGCUGGGAGAAGCUGCCUUGAGCUUGUAGGGGAAAGAAACCACCCACAGUGUGGCUGUCUCGUGUCUUUCCUCAAGCCCCACAAGGCAGGAAACUAGGCUUAUAAACAAAUUUAUUCUCAGACUAUUAUCCAGCUCAGAGUUCGGCAAUGGUUCACAUCUUCUGUGGGUACACCAUAGGUGUGUUGCUUCAGAGUGGGCUAUUUUGUGUGGGCUAUUUCGUGGGGUAAUUCCACAAUUAUUCUUGUCUCCAAGGAGCCAGGUCACUGGCUGUGGGUGUGCCGUGCUGUAAACAGGUCUUUGAAGUGCUGCGUUGCAUCAGUGCUAUAAUUCAGCCCCAACACAGACCUUGGCUCCAUCGGCAGGAGGCAAAAAUGCUCAGAGUAACCCAGAAGAAGGAAGACAAGCAGUCUUGGGUUUUGAGCUGGGAGGUCAUAAAAAUAAUUUCUCAUGACUUCUUGACUCCACAUAGUCUGAGUUGUUGUGUACCAGAGCAUUAGGACAGUUUGUGGUAGUGUCCAGCCCGUGCUCUGGGUGAGGCAAGGCCUCUGAUACCCUUGGCUUAGCAAGGCAUAUCAGCAACUUUUGCUUGUCUGGUUGGGAGUUAAGCGGUGGUGUGUAUGUGCUUAUUGUGAUAGCCUUGAUACAGGAGUGGUUUUGUUCUGCUUUGCAACAUCUCUAGUAACUCCAGCUUCCAGUUGGUGUUGAUUGGCAGAUUGCCUGGCAAAUUCUGACGGCACAGCCCCAAAUAGACUACUUGUUGAAGUAGUUAAACACAUAUGGUCAGAACAUGAUACCCAAGUAGUAUCAUGCUCCAAAAAUAUAUUUAUUAGCUUUGAAGGGCAUUUAGCACAACAUAUUACUCAGUCUUCAUUUGUGGACAGUUGCAAUGAAUUGAAUGACCACAGCUUGCUUAAUUACCAUUUCUAUUAAGGUCCUGGGAGGGUUGUUAACCCACUGGGAAGGAGACUUUUGAUUUAAACCACUCUCAUGGUUUUGUCUCAUGCUGGUGGGAGAGUAGAUGUCCCAGCUGCUGCAGCUGACCUGACAGGUGACAACUCAGUUGCUUGUAAUUGUCUCCCAGUACUCCGACUGAGGGUGUCAAACCUCCUCCACCAGCCAGCUGCAAGCUCACUGUGAUGGUGUGUAGCUUCCCUGGUGCUAAGACAUGGCAGCAUGGCCAGGGGUUAGUGCUGCCAACUUUUACAAGCCUUCCUCUCUUCGUAGGCAAAGGAUUGGGGUCUCCUACCAUGGCUGUUGAUAUCAAGUACCUUUUACUAUGAAAUCAAAAGGGCAGCUGGCAAAACACCGUACUGCUCUGGUCCAGCACAGCCUGGGAACCGGUGGUUGGGUGGGGUGGCCUACAAGCACUCACAGGCACUGCAGACAGCUGCUGUGCUCAGGAUUAUGUUUUGCUCUGAUGUAAAAGCUGAGCUUUUGCCCCACAGUACAGGCUGUGAUUUCCAUAAGACAGGGGCAGCUGCCUCCAAAAUGGGGCUCACUUUUCUACUUUCUUUUUCCCUUCCUUUUUUCCUGCUACUCACCUUUAUUUGAUCUGGUGUUAGACUUCUUCAGUGACGCAUUUCAACUCACCAGCCCAGCAGAAAACGCAGCAGAAAAAGGGGGAAGUCAGAUAAUUUUCUGCCAGAUCACUGAGCUGCAUCUGCUCACAAACUGAGGUGCAGAGCCAGUGGGGGAGACAGAGGAAGGUGUGCCCCUGCCAGUAUCCCAGUCAUUAGCCUGGCUCAGCUUCUGCAGCCUUGGAAACCCAUCAAAAGGGUAAUGCAGACUGAGACCCUUCUGAAUCAUUUACCAAUGUAUUGGUUGCCUUCAGAACCACCUACCAGCUUUUGGGAGAUUUGCUCAGUCCUACCAAGAGCAAAAUUUUGCCUUGAACUUAAGAAAGAGGCAGAGUGCCAAAGCACAGGCCUGCACACAGUGCAAGGGAGCCUGUGCCAACUUUAGUGCAGGCUUUCCCACGUGGCCUUCUCAUGACACCAAACCAAGAGUCAGACAUGGGGAUUAUACAUGGAUGUCACUGGACUGAUCUGGAUGCAGCUGUGCACAGUACAUGCACUUGGGUCUGUUCACGUGAUUGCACAUUUAGCUGGGCAGAGCUGUGGGCACUUGGACGGCUUAGGCUCUGUCUUAUUAGUCACUCAUGCAUGUAUUUAUGAUAUUGUGGGUUUGCACAACAUACAUGUAUUCAUGCAGGUAGCUGGAACUGAAGUCUUUGAUAGCUGGCUGUUGCAAACUGCCUGUUUAGUUUUCAAAUACAUAUUUAUGCAACAAAUUGUAUUUUUAAGUGCAGGAGAAUGAAAUACUGUUGUGAACUACGUUGUAGACUAUACUACAAGGGAUAUCUAAAAUAACAGCAAAUACCUUGUUCAUUUUCAUGGUGCAGUGAUUCUAUGAUAGCAGCAUCCAGCCUAUUGACACAUAGGACAAUCUAACAAUGGAAACAGUGUCCAUGUUGCACAUUCUCCUUCAUGAAGAAUACCAAUGUUUUUGAGCUAUUUUCUGGUUUUGUUUUCAGAAGCUGCUGUGCACUGCUAUUCAGUCUACAGCAUAGUUGUCCUCUUUGAAAGCGGUGUAGAGAAUGAAAUGCAAGCAACGUGUUGUCCUGCUGUGCGUGCUUGUCUCAGAUGUUUGUGACUGGAUCUUGUUCUGCUGUUUGUGCAAACGAUGUGGGGUGGGAAGAUGGGGAUCAGGAAGAGCAGGUGUUGCGUCACUCUAGAGCCAGGGCUGCCCUAAGGACUGAAACAGCCUUAAAGGAAACUGAGAUUCCUGUUGCACUAGGUUUCCUCCCUGUCCAGCUCCUAUUUACCCGUUCUUGUCACCGGGUCUGAGUACAUCCCGUAAGUGCAUUGACUGGCCUCACUAGCACAUGUGGUGAAUGGGCUGAUCAUUCCUCCUUACAAUACGCUGCAAGUAAUGGUGAUUGACAGACUGGUCUUCCCCAUUCCUGACAUCCCUGCUCCUCUCUCCGUCCCUGAACCUCUAAUAUUCCCCUCUCCUGACACCUGCACUGUGGGACAAGGGGACCGCUUUGUGCAGGGUGGCUCUUGGCUGAGAGCUCCCUUCCUGCCUAUCAAGUGACCUUGUGCUUUGGGGAUAACACGCUCAGGGCGGAUGGCCUCGCGUCGGGUACGUGGGGUUUGUGGGAUACUGGAUGCGAGCACUCUGGAGGCUUGCGUCUCUCGUGCUGGAAGCACUCUCCCUGUCUUCUCUUCUGCUUUUUGUGAGAGAGCUUUCGAAUCAUGAAAUGAUAUGAAAUUCAUCCUGUGUAGAGGACCAGGCCCACAUCUGUGUGCUGUUUGGCCUUCCACUGACAUCCUUAAAAUAGGACUGAGGCGGCUAGUCCUCAACAGUGCAUAACUCUUGGGCUCACUCCAUCAUGGAAAUCAGUUCAUCUCACGUGGUGCGGGCAACAGGGCAUUGGGACCGCCUGGCUCUCUGAACUCCCAGAGGCAAGGCGAAUGUGUGGGAAGCACGAGAGCUUACAGGACACACAAAUGUGGUUUGAUUUGCCUGAAAUGAGCCAGUUCAUGUCUCUGGGUUAGGGUAGAGAGGACUCAGCUGUUCACUAUGAAAUAUGGUGGGAAGAGGGUUGGCACUUCUUAAUGAGGGUUCUUUGCCAAGUUUCAGUGUGAAGAGAUGGCUGCUUUGCCUAAGGUGAGUUGCUGUCCUUGUUCUUAAGAGAGAGGAUGUAUUUUCUUUUCUUUCUGUGCUUACAUGUGUGUGCUGAAUCUGCACUCAGUGCUGAGGAGGAGUGUGGAGAGAAGGCACUCCAGCAUGAAGAACGGCUAUAUUCGUAGCCGAAAAACUUGAACUUUAAAACUUUCUGGUGAUGGUCCCCAUGUGCUGAGCAUGCCUUGGCAGUCGAGGACAGUACCACAUCAGCUUGUGUCUCCCAGGACAUCUGUUGGCUCCGUGCAGAGCCAGCAUGGGUGUUGCUGCACCACUCCCCAGAAACUGAGGGCCUGGGGGUAGCUUGUCAAGGACACCCCUAUCAGCCCAGUGUCUGCAAGCCAAGAAGGGGGAGGACCCUAAGCACAAUUAAAUGAUGGUGCUUCCCCAUGGACAGCGUAUGAUGGACUCGUGAGGCUGCACUGUAUCUCCUCAAAGGUUUUGGAAAGCUAAGGGCCACCAGGGACAUCACUGCUCCACCUCUUUCACAGCAGCAUAACUUCAGCCGGCGAUGGAGUUGCCUUUCUGAGAACAAGCUGGAUUUCUCUGAGACCUUGCGGAGUUGUGUGGUUGCACUGCUCCCAGCUCCACUCAUGCACACCAGGUGCCAGCCCGUUCCUCCACGCUGUGCUGUCUCUGGCUGAGGCCCUGUGAAGCUCUGCUGAAAUCGUCCUCCAGCAUCUCAACCCUUCCCGAAAGCAGCAGACAGGCACUGACAGCGGUGAAAUGCUGGAAAGCUAAAAAGCCCCACAGCUUAGAGACACCUGUGAGCUUGUUGAAGGGUUUGACACUAGCCAUUCACUGGAAUAUGUUCAAAGCAGUGGUGAUGCCUAAAGCUUUAAUUCCUAAUCUGAUGGGGGAAAAAAAUGGCUUGGCACACAAUUUGCUCAUUAGAUGAACUGAUGUGUUUUAACAUAGCCUCUAGAGUCUCGGUCUCAAGUGAGGAAUAUAUUUCCUCUAUUUUCUUACUGAAUUGGUCAACUUUAGUUGGUAGUGCACACAAAAUUCUAUUUGUUUUAUUACACAAAUGCCAUUAAAUGAGCUGUGUGUGCAUUGGAUAUGGAUUUACAUUUCAAGGCAUUGAUGCUUUUGCCUAAUCUUUUAUUCUUGUGCUCAGCAUUCAUUACACAGCAGUCACUGGUAUCUGAAAACACAGUACCUUUUUGGAUUUCAAUCUGAUCUUGUGUAAUUAAUACAAUAUUCGUUCAUAGUGUUUAAGAGAUUGGUGAGGUAGGUGCUGUCAUGGAAAUUCAGUGGGGUAGACUUUCAGUGGGAAUGAGGUGUUUAGCACUUUCACAAUGCUUCAGCAAUCUGCCUUUGCAUUUUUGGUUACUAAUGUUUUACACAGUCCAUAGCGUCAAGAAAAUAAUGAAGCACCCAAGGGAGGGAAAGAAUCAAGAAAAUACAAAAUGUUUUGGACAAAAAUAUUGUCUUAUUCUUGACUAGAAAACUAAAAUCUUAAAAUUAAUUUUACAGAUACUAUCUUUGCCACUUCAGCUGUUAUUUUUGUGAACAAAGAUGACUCUCUAAGAUUGCUCAUGCCUAGAAUUUGAUCUGCCUUCUGAAGGCUGUAAUCUUGCCAAGACUGUCCUUACCAUUACAGCAUGUUCUCAGCUGGCCUAAAUCGUAUGUAGCCUUAAGUGGUGCCUGGUCUGCCCCACAUUGCUCCUUCCCUUAUACUAUCAUGCAUUUAAUAUACUUACUCUCUGUAAGUAUAUUCUAGCCUGAAAACAAGCCAAUGAAGGAGACACACUUCAACCUUUGUAUCUUCAGCAGUGGAUGUGAAGUACAGACCCAGAAGGCAAGGCAAUAGUAACUGGCUUUGAAUGACUUUUGGUAACUUUUGUGUAGGAAGACAAACCUCCUAGUGACUCUGAGGCUGAAGGUGCGCUGAAUGCUGACUGCAGUGUAAAUAGCUUUGCAGAGGCCUUUGUCUUAUGUGUGGUGCUUAUGGUUCGGGUCUUGCAAGCUCUGCCUUCUGCAGGAGCUUCCUCUGUGAGUGGCUUGCCAGACUGUGUUUCUCUGCACGAGGCUGGGUGCAUGGAUGUGAAACGCAGGUGCAGAAAUACCCAGAGCAUUCAGGGAUGUGCAGACAAAGCAUGACAUGAAACAUCUUAAUGGAGUCUGAAAGCUGUCAGGAAGAAAUGGUGAGAACCUGAUUUUGCUUCUGUUUGUGGCAGUGUGUGCAAGCCAGGUGGUGCUGCUGCUGGAGAGGAUUUGGUGCCAGUUUUGUAGAGCACUGUGAGAAAUGUAUGCCUGUGCUGCCGGCUUCCACCCAGCUGGGGCUGUUGACUGCACUUAUCUGCAAGUGCAUGACUAGCCCCAUGGGCACGAAUGGGUCUGAGGCAUACAGGAAAGGACAUCGCUUGCCUGUAGUUGCAUUGUCAGUGUUUUUUUUGUCUGUGUGACCCAUCUGUCUCAGGGUCAUCUUGAGACCUGUCAGGGUAGACCAAAUUAUUCAAGACUGGAAGAAAAAGAAAUGGCAGAAUAUCUAAGUGUGAUGAAGACAGUGGAAAGGCAGUGGGAAAGCCUGGCAAACACAAUGGAAGUUCUUGUCUUUUUUUCUAAAGAAGUCAAGCAUAAUCCUUAUCCUUUAAUAUCCUACUUUGUUUUACACCAGAAUGAGAAAGACUUUUCCAUUUGUUUUAAUUUUCUGCUGGCUUUAACUCUGCCUUUGAAAAGCAUUUUUGCUAUGACAACCCUUGGUCUUGUGGUGAGCAGUGCUAGGGAGAAACAGCUAAAGGAAGGCUUUUAUUUCUUCCUGAAUGCAAGGUUUGAACUUUAUAAUCUUUUAAUGUGAAUGUGUUUUCUCCCAUUUUGUAAACUGAUGAGAUUAGCACUGUUCCUCCCAAAGCAGCAGUUGAAAAACAUAUUUUGCUGAAAUCUAACCAUAUUUCUAUGUAACAAUGUGAAUUCUCCUAAGUGACCAGUUCAUUCUCAGAGUUAAACCUCUCUCUAAGGCUAACUUCCACUCGCUGUCUUUAAUGACAACUCAACUUUUUUAAGAACAGUUUGUAAAAAAGUAGGCUUUGUUAAUUAUUUUGUUUUGUUUUCUACGAAAAAAAUCACUGUCUUGCCAAAUAAUAAUAAUAUUAAUAAUAAUAAUAACAAUAAUAAUAAUUCUAUGCAUUGUGAGAUUCAGUGAUGUUGCUGUUGAAAUUUUGCAUGUUUUCUAGAUGUUCUGACAUUUGUACGUUUAUGUGGUACUUGUAAAAAUGCUAACCAUUGCUGCUAUAAUCACCACUGUUUUAGGUAACCGAAAACUGUACUAUGAAGCUGUGCCAGUUAGCAGGUUGUCUUGUGUGUUAUGGUAAAACUCUUCGUUCUGCUGUUCAUUUCCUGUUUUAAGCCAGUAUUUAGUGCCUUCUGUAGAAGGAAUCAAUAUGUUGUGGUAGACGGGAGGUGCCAAACUUCUAUCAUCUUGUUCUGCACAGAUGAUCACUUACUAGCUUGAAGCUUAAGAAAAAAAAAAAAGUAAAAAGAAAAACAAAAUCUUGAACUCUCUAUCUUUCUUUAAAGUGUCUUCUCAUUAAUUUUCAUUUGGGAAAAAAGCCCUUUAGUAGAGCUGAAAAGAAGCCAUUUCCCAGCUACACUUCCUGCAGCAGCAGUCUGCCAACUGUGAAUGUGAGGGGUACGAGGGAAUGUGUGGUACCCAAAUGUUCCUGUUGGUAACGGAUCCAGUGAUUAGCCAAGCCAGUUUAAGUUAUUGCGGAGCAUGCUAAAAUGCCAUUUAAUGAAAGCAAUCCUCUGAUUACCAUAAGAAACUGUUAGCUCUUGUAACAGUUGUGAGCCUGCUCUUGUAAACAAGUGUCAGCUUGGUCAAGUGGUGGAUUCCAGUCCCUGUUACGCCUCUGCUGAAGCCACACAUUGCUGCCAAAUGAGACUUGGAUGAAAUUCAAGCCAAAGACUUUUGGUCUUGUUCUUUCCAACUGCUUUCAUGGCAGACAAGCCCUGUUUAUCAAAAUUCUGACAUUGCAUUUUCAGUUCCUUUUCCACCCUCUGCUUAGAAUCUGUCAGUAUAGCAAAUACGCACAUGCAUAUGCAUUCAUUUUGAUUUUGAUAAGAUUGUGACAGGCUGAAAUCGUACCGUGCUGUAAUUGUACAACAGAAACAGGCAUGUUCAUCUGUCUAGUGCAUUUCCCAACCACCAGGUAUGGUCAACUGUACCCUAGGCUGGUCUUCAAAAUAGUAUUUUGUGUGGGAAAAAAAACCCCUAACCAUCAGUUUUCUGUCUCUACUGAGAGAUAAAAGCCUGUUACAUAUCUUGAAAUGACUUUUCAAAUCAGAAUACCAUGUUGCCAGAAAAACUGUGUGACUGGGAAAAUAAGAGUGCAUUGAAUUAAUCCUUACAGGUACUGGUCUAAAGCCAGCUCUGUUCCCCAGCAAGACAAUUUACAGCCCUUUUGAUGUAAAAUACUUCCAAAAAAGAACUUAACCCCAAAAUUUUCAAUGUAGUUGCUCCUUUUUGUGACACCCAGGACAUUUACAAAAAGCAGUAUUAACACAGCCCAGAACACACUGAAAAUUGUCCCAUGUAGUAGGUUGCGAGCCAGCACCCCACAAACUGGUUAAUUUGAAAACCCCACCUGAAGAUCUAAACCUUCUGCAAGUGUUAGGAUGCUUAGAAGCCUUUUGCAGGACCUCAGUUCCCAUCUCUUCGAAGGAGGGAAUAGGGGUCUCUUCAGAAAGGUUUAGCCCUUUUAUUGUCCUUUAAAAACUGGUAGCUUCUUCAGGCUCCUUCUGCCAGAUCAGAAGCCAGCUAAGACCAGUUGCAAUGUGUUUCGCUGUUGUUUUGCUUGUCUAGUAGCCAUUUACACAUGAACACAUGCCUCCACCAGUACGAGUGAAGAAUUUUGACUCCACAGACUCCUGCCUAUGUGGCCCUAAUAUUAAAUAUGCAAGGCAGUGAUACAUGGUCUUAUUUCCUGCAUUGCUUCUAUUUAUAGCUAGACCUGAGUCUCCAUGGUCCCACCAACUGCACUAAUUGUCGUACCAAUUGGUCUUCCUAGCUUCUUCUAUGUGUUGGGCCAACUUGAAAAAAAAAAUAAUCGGAUUGCUGCAGCAUGGCAGCUGGGUUUUCCCUAUCUUCUUCUCUUCCAUUAUGAAGCUAGAUAUAUUUGCAUUAUCUUCAGCUUCAAUUUGAAUCAGGAAAGUGACCAAUAUCCUUUAUUUAGCACUUUGCAAGCUUGAAAUGCAGUUAUGACUCUACAGGUGCAGACCUGGCAUUAGGAUUUAGCCUGCUGCCUGUGGCAUGUCGGUCUCCAGUAUUUGAUGGCUUUUCACCAUGGUUCUCUGGUUUCAAGAUGCAAACUGGCUGGUACUAAUGGUGUGCUGGUUUAGAUCCACUUUCCAAUCACUGUGAUGCCUUCAGUGUACAUGUUGUCGGUCUUGUAUUUGCUCUUAGUAAUUGCAUUUUGUUUGAACUGCAUUAUACUGCAGGACAAACAUUAAUUUUCUUUCGGUUUUUUUUUUAAGAAAAAAAAAUACAGCUUAGGCUGUGCUGCUGAAAGGAGCCAGGAGAGAAAUAUCUAUCCAAACCCCAAUCAAAUUUGGGGACUUAGCUUUUUUUUAGACCCCUUUGCGAACCCAGCUGUAAUCAGCAAUUUCAGGCAGAGAGCAUGUCUUCCACUCAAAAUGCAAUUUUCUGUUCACAGGGCAGCUUAUUACACAGAUCUCUUGCCCCUGUGUUUGGGAGAUUAUAUAUACAGUGGUAUGUUAGGAGUAAUAUUUUUAUGCAUUUUAAUGCAUUAAGGCCUGCAAAUCUAGAAUAUCUGAGUGGAAGAGAAAGAUUACUUGAUCAUUUUCUGAAAACGUGAACAAAAUUAUCAACUACAGUUCAUUUUCAGAGCUGCCUAUUCAGCGCCAUUGUCCUCAAAUUACCAUCUUUCUGGAGUUGUACAGCGACCUGAGAAAAAUGAGCAAAAAGGCAUUGCUGCUGUAAACGAGGAAGGAUUUCACAACCUACUUGAAGCCCCAGAUCCCCAGCUGGGUUUCUACGGCUGGUAAUCUUUUUACUUGUCAGCUGGAUAAGUUUUGAUUCAUGCUGAUGCCGUAUUGCUAUUUCUGCAGUGUAUUUUUAAGAAGCAACUUCAUACAGGGCAAGGUCCUUCACAGGUGAAGAACAAUAUCAUCAACAAAGUUGUCUGUCACUGGUGUCAGUUAAGAACUGGUUUUUUGUUGUGAGGGUUUUUUUUCUAUGGCAAGACACUCUACUCUUCUUUAAUUGGGAUGGAGUAAACAAAUGCAUGUUGUACUGCUGUCUGCCGCACUUCAGUCAGAUGUCUCCUUGGAAAAUGCUCUUCUACUAUUUCAGUACAAGAAUGCCCUCAGUAAGAAGAAAGUAAAACCAAGAGGUCUUUUUUUAAUGGAGCCUGAGUUUCAUCCCUCACUUGGUUGUCAGAUAAUUAGGCUUUUGAAAAGAAUGGAUUCAGUUGUGUGCUAACUGGAGUAUGACAUUCACUUUUACUGAUCUGCAAAUUCCAGAGAUGUUCUGAUCUUUAUUGCACUUCAGCUCCAUUUUUAUUCCCUUAUGAUAAUCGUUAAGAAGUCUGGUUCUGCUGCAUUAGAAAUUUAUUUCACUGUCUGUACAAAGCUUGCUACUAUUGUAGUGUAACUUUUUAUUUUAGUUUUUUUUUUUUUUAAAUUUGUAUUGGUACAGCCUUAAACACCAUGGAAUUAAAGACCAUUUAAAAAUAAUCAAAAGAGUCAUUGAUGUCUGUGAUAAGUGCAUGCUUUGUUCACAGUGUUUUGUCUGUAAUUAGGUGUAGCAACCAAGUCUCAUGUAUUUAAUAAAAUGUUUUCUGCAAA